UCUCUCCAGCAGGAGGGCGUUCCGCUGAACAACACACAAAUACAGUGUGCUGAAUUAUGCCGGCGUUCGUGCUUCAUAUUUAGAUGCUGUCAAAGCCUCGGUGUUUAUCUCAAGAGUUAGUUCAAGUCCCGGAUCCGGCCUUCCUUCAUGUUAGCCCUCCUGGUGCUAUCACUGCCGGGGGAAAGGCGACGGAGGAGGCCAGGCUCGAAGACAUGGAGGCGAAGCGUCUUUGCAGAGGGAGUGAGCUGUAGGACGUGGUGAUUUCUCCGGGGGUGUUGGCACUCCUAGAAUGGACCCUGCUCACAUCGGAGGGGAUAUGUCACCUUUGUAUGUGCCAAGAAAGAGGAAAUCUAUCCAGUCACAACCUAAAAGUGGAGUGCCAUGUCCAGUUGUUCAGCGAAUACCAGAGAGAACCUGUGAAUUAAACUCCGUUGGAUAUCCCAAGAAUGACGAGUCUGAAGCCCAGGAUGCUCUAAAGAUGAAGAGAACGUACGGCAGAAAAAGGUACGAGGACCUCCAGAGUGUUUCCAUAGGAACUGUAGAUUACCCAACCACCAGCUGCUCAGUGAUGUCAUCAGGUGGCCUGGCCAAUGGGGCGGACCCAGGGUCAAUGGCUCCGCCCUCUGCCAGACUGCCUCCAAGACUGGUGGCGAAGGACGUGUGGCCCCAAGGCCCCGACACCAGCAGGGAGCCUCAGGACCACAGCUGGAACUCCAGCAGGGACAGAGGCCCCGACGCCUGGGCCCCGGGUAGAGACAGACCGCAGGAGCAGGUCUGGAACUCCGGCAGGGACCGAGCGGGACACUCCAGUCAAGACCAGACGUGGAUUCCAGGCAGGGACAGGGCUCAUACCGGACCGGACCAGGCGUGGAUGACGGGUCGGGACCGAGGUCCGGAGCAGGGCUGGGCAGCAGGCAGAGAUAGAGGCCAGGAUCAGGCCUGGAAUGCAGGCAGGGAUCCGGGAAGAGACAGGGCCUCCUCUGGGCCGGAGCAGGCGUGGGGGACUGGCAGAAGCCAAGACCAAGGUUGGAGCAACACGAACAGAGACAGAGAGCAUGUCUGGAGACCUGACUUGAACAUGAAGAAAGUCCAGAGAGUGGAAAUGGAGCGAAGCCCACCUGUUAAUAACUUCCCACAGCCACCAGAGGGCAGAGACUCCUGUUCAGAUGCUGCCAGUGUUGGAGAGGCGUCGACGGCCCAACCCAGCGAGGACCAGAAACCCCCCAUCCUCUCCACCAAGAAGGAGCCUCCUACCUACCCUCCAGGAAGUCAAGAGGAGCGUUGGCAGCUCCAGAUUGUGGCCAAAGGCAGAGUCACCUGUCCCAAGUGUAAAAGUGUGAGCAGGAAGACUGUGGAGGGGCUGAAGAAGCACAUGGAGAAUUGCAGACUGCAACCCUUUACCUGUCAGCACUGUGGGAAACAGCUGAAGUCUUCAACAGGGAUGAAGUAUCACAUCAUGGCUGACCACAGCCAUCUGCCCUCAGCAGAAGAUGCCAAGGACCUGGAUGAUCGUGCCAUUAAAGACAAGCUGCGCAAAAUCCUGAAGAGACUCGGCAAAUUAAAAUGCUCUAAAGAGGGCUGUAACGCUGCCUUCACCAGUAUCAUGGGCUACGUGUACCACAUGAAGAAGUGUGGGAAGGAGGAGUCUGAGCUGGAGAAGAUGCUGCUGAACUGUUCUCACUGCGGGAAAACCUACAAGUCCAAGGCGGGUCUGGAGUACCACCUGAAAUCAGAGCAUGCUCCUACGCCCCAGAAGAGUGAAGAAGAUGAGGCACUGAAGGCCCACAGGGAGGCCAACCCGGAGAGGACAGCCAGCGGCAGGGUGCAGCGAGCAUCAGCCCAGGUGGCAAACUUCCACCUGGCUGAGAUCGCCAACAACGAGCUGCCCAAAGACUGGCCCAAGAGGAAGUUCCAGUCAGACCUAGUGCCAGAUGACAAAAAGUUAAAAUACGCCCGACCAGGCCUCCCUGCCUUCAGCCAAGAGGUGCUGCGGAAGUGGAAGAAUGAGGUGAAGCUGCAGAGGAAAGUUCAAUGUCCCAACCAGGGUUGUGGCUCCACCUACACCAGUGUGUCUGGACUGAAAGCUCAUCUGGGACUCUGCACGAGGGGCGACUUUGAGGCUGGGAAAUACAGAUGUCUGAUCUGCAACAAAGAGUUUAACUCUGAGAGUGGAGUGAAAUACCACAUCAACUCUGUCCAUUCACAGGACUGGUUUGUGACAAACAAAAAAGCCUCCAAGAAGUUUGAGAAGUUCCUCAAAAGCCAGCCCAAGGAGUUUGCCCACAAUGCAGACAAGCAGAUCGUGGAUCACUACCACCAUCACCAUCACCUCCAGCAUCAUCAGCAUCACCACCACCAUCAGCAACAGCAGCAUCAGAUCCAGCACCAACCCAUGCAGCAGCCUCUGCAGCCGCUGCACCACCUCCAGCAUCAAACCCAGCUCCUCCACCCAGAGCACCAGAACCUCCCCCCACAGGUGGACACCCAGCUCCAGCCGCAGAUGCUCCACUACACCCCUUUAGAGCCUCCUCCCGGUCCGAUGUGGGUGGACAUGGACCGGGGAGGAGCUGUGCCGGAAACAGAGCAGGCUCCGGUGGAGAUGGAAAUGGCGGAUGUUGCCAAAUGCGCAGAGGACAACGACGGGAUGGCAGAGGGGAAAAGGAGAGAGAAGGGGGAGAGAGGAGGAGAGAGGGGGAAGGCAGAUGGGAAGCGGAAGGAUUGCUUUGCUUUCAGUGGCGGCGGCAGUGGAGGCAGCAGCAGCAGUAGCAGUAGCAGCAGUAAUACCGGCAGCUCGUCCAGCGAAUCGGAGGUGGAGCAGCAGGACAGGCAGAGACAGAUCGACCAGUGGAAUCUGAAACGGCCUGGCAGCAUGGAGCCCCACCCUGAGGCUGGGAAGGGACAGAGGAACACUUAAACACACAACUAAAAGUCACACCUAACACUCGUAACGCAUCAGAGCUGAUUUUAACAGAGGUAGAAAAAGAUACCACCGAGUAUCUGUCCCUACGUUACUAACUGUGACGUAGAAGAAAACAAACCUGCGUUUUUAACAAGACAAACAGGUGAGGAGGCAGCUGACGACAGAGCUACAAGAAUCCUUCAAAAGAACCUCACAGAGUCAGCGUGGAUAUGAGAUGAUACACAGUUGUGGUGUAGGUUUCUCUGUCUUGAGAUGGUUGUCACUGUAUAGCCAAUGUAGUAUACUGUUAACUGUGUGUUUAUCUGUAACAGAUUCUUUUCAACUUUAAAUGUGUCUUAUUCUUUUAAAAAAAGUUUGAUAAACCCUUCUUGUCUUUCAUGUUUACCUUAAAAGGAAAUAGUUACUUUAACCUUAAGAGAGGCUGCUACAGUAGAGUAUUUUAUUAGACUUGUCUAGUCGCUCUCUCUCACUCUCUGAAAAGAUUUUGUGCCUCUUAAGUAUGAUCUGUAUAACUUCAUACUACUCAUCAUCACUUUUAUUUACAACUGAUUGGCUUUUUUUUUUUUUGGACUAUACAGUGGUGGAAGUGUCACUUUAUGGUAAAAGAGAGAGAAAGGAUUCCCCCUCUACCCCAAUUCCUCCUGUACCAUAUGUCUUGACAUUGAAUGCAACUUGAUUCAUGGCUGGCAUCACGUUGCCAUCCUUGAGGCAAGUCCGCUGGCAGCUUGAUGUAACCUUUUGUGCAGUGUGUGUGCAGGUUUAAUGUGGAAACAGACAACUUUUCAAAGUCACCAUCCUAGGCUUUCCAAGGGGUAUUAUUGUUGCCGUCACUGCUGCAAAGACAACCGGAUUGCUUUCCUGGCAACUACCACAGUUUUCAGUUACUUUACAAUUUCCACUUCUGGGAAUAGUAACUGCAAAGACCUUACAUUGAUACUCUUUAGUAACUGGAGUUAGCUGCUGAUAGCUACUUUGCAAAACAAAAGCGAUUUCCUCGUCCUGUUUUCGUUCCGCAAUCCGACGCACUUCAUUUGUGCUGUAAAUCGAGUCUUUGCUUUCCCAGAUCAUACCCAGUGACAGAAUUGCAUAGUGAAAGCAAGGCUUAUAGGGAACCAAUCUAUAUGCUAAUGGUGUCAUUAUUCUAUAGUUAUUACACCGUGCAUUUACUUUAUAAUGAUGAGUUUAAGGUGGAGUUUGCGACUCUGGAAAACAAAUACACCCCUCACGUCAGUGCUUCUUCAGAAGCUCCAAUAACAUCUCUAACGUUAUUUACCUUUCAUUAUUAUCAUGGUAUAGCUCUGUUCCUUGUGGGCAAGGAUGUGGAAGCGGGAGUAGCCUGAAUAGUGUUGUGUGGCUCAGUCCGCUUUGUUUGUUUCCCACGUACAGAGCCAGGAUUGUUUUCAGUGCACACUGACAGCUAGCAGAGUGUAAGGAGAUAUUCACUGACCAGAAUGUAUUGGAAUAAAAUCACAUACUGGACCUUUAAAGUAAAAACUUGUCUAUUUCCACUUUAAACUGGAACAUAUGAAGCAAAUCCAUGGCAAGGAGUUAAAGCCUCGUUAUUACAUGUUAAAGUAAUAGUUCAACAUUUUGGGGAACACAUGACUCUUGUUAAGCACAGAACAACAGCUAAACACCUCCACCUACAACGUCUCCAGUUAAAGCACAGCAUACCUCACUGUGAUGACAAGACUCCAGGAAGUCACAGCAUCCAGCUACGAAUGAGAUACACUCUGUUUAUUGGAGAGUAUUUUUUUAAGUCUUCACACUAAGCUAGGCUAAGCUAAGCUAAGCUAAGCUCACUGCCUCCAGGUUAUGGCUCUAAGUAAAGCAGAUAUAAAUCUGAUGCAGAAAGCCAAUCAGAUUAUUUCCCCAAAUGUUGGACUAUUCCUUUAAAAGCAGCGUCAGCCAGCUCGCUUCAGCCUACCUCAUGAUAUUGUGCUUGUAAUACUCUCAACACCCAGUUUCCAAAGAAACCGAAAACAACAAAAUAAGUUCAGAAAAAAAAUCUAAAUGCUUCAUGUGAUCACUUACGGUUUAAAAUUGACUCCAGUAGUGUGUGAAGCCAGUCUCUGUAGUUGUUCAGAUGUGUUCCUGUGGUCUCUUAAAAGAUGUCAAGAUGUGAGAAUCUUUGCAGUAAUCCAUUUUGGUUAACAAAACUCAAAGUCCACUUACUAGCUUUUUCUAAAACGUUUAGUUGCAUCUUUUAAUUUUCCUCAGUGGAUGAAGCUCCGUUUUCAUCACACGAUCGAAGCAUGAUGACUAUAGAGCAGUCUACAUCUGCCGAAGAACACCACAAGAUGUGUUUGAAAGCUCUGGGAAGAGCUAGUAAGUGGACCUGUAAUUUUUAAUUUAUUUUAUUUUAUUUUUUUAGGUCAAACUGCUUUCACUAUGUUAAGAUUGAACUUUUACACAUUUAAAAUUGCUUUUAAACAUUCCACGCAGGAGUUUUAUCAGCAGGGAAACAAAGUAAAGCACAUAAAUAUGAUUGGUUCUUCUAAUGACUGAUCACAUAACAGCCAAUCAAUGUGACUGCCAACAUGUUAAUGGGCUGCUGGUGACUCUAAAUGAAGGAAAGCUAACAUACCAAGCAUUUAACAUGAAGGGUGGCUGUUUUUUCUUUUCUGUUCAUUCUUCUAAGACAGACCUGUUUACGUCCGUCUCACAGAAUAUUUAACCGAUAGCAUGUAGCCUAAUGUUUAUGUACUCGGCAUUUUGUAUCUGCUAUAGUGACGUAUGGUUAUGGAUGGUUGUCAGUCAUUUGUUUGUGAUGUUUUAACACUAUUUUUUUUUUUCACAACUUUAUAGCAUUUAUGAAUGUAUUUGGUUAUUGGUUUCCCCUCUGUUGUGCACUUCCGUUAGGUUUUCUUCUAAAAGCAAAGGAUAAUUAAUUUACCAUUUGCGUUCAUUUGAAACCAGAAACAAAGAGGAGUUCCCUUUAAUCUGUUAAUCUGUCUUAAACAAACUAUGUAAAAACUAUUCUGUCAAAAAUAUUUACCGUACCUGAUUCUGUUGAAAGUGCUUUACUCUUCAUUGCCCUCCAUCAGAUGCCUUUCGAAAGAGUUUGAAAUAGAAAACCUCCUACAUGGGAAGUAUUUCAAUAAGCAUGACUUCAACGUUGAUGUCAGGCAGUGCAGUCAUCUCUUUAUGAACACUCGCUUACUGUGUUCAGUCAUUUCACUCAGUGCUUAGUGAUGAGAAUGUUCUUUAUUUGGAGUCCAAGCAUCAGUGGGGUUAGAACCCUAACUUACUUGUUCUGGCUUUAUGCCGUUAUUUUUUUCAAGAUAGAAGUGGUUAUGCUGGUGUUCAAUGGUGUAAAAACCAAAUUUUCAUGGGAGCUUAGUUGACCAACAGACGCGUUAUAGCACCCGUUAAAGCCGUUUUCAGCCAUUCUUUUGGUUCCUGAUUGCCUCAGGUCAAUGGGCUUGUUCCGAAUUUUGGUGGUGCUUGGACUCCUGUAUAGUUGCUUGCAAAUCUAGUUUAUAUUUUAUUUUUACUUUAACCUUUUAUUUGACCAGGAUGGACGCUGCCACUGCCGCUGCUACUGUUACACAGUGGUCAAAAUGUACUCCGAUCUUUUACUUAAGUAAAAGUAGCAAUACCAUGGUGUGGAAAUACUUUGUUACAAGUCAUACUUACAUUAGUUAUAUUUGCCGAAACUGUUAUUAUGUCCUGACAGUAGUACAUGAGACAGAUAAUCUGUUAAAGAAAUCAGAUACCUCCCAGUGCUCCUAAUGGCAUUUGCAAGAAUCAUGAAAUAAAACAACCAAUCAGAGCCAGGAAGAGUCUUAAACACAGUGUUAAUAACUGCUCAUGCGCAUGUCGUGCCCGAGAUAAAACGAGAGUAAACAUCAGUGUUGCUUUUCUGAGAUGGACAGAGCUACGAGACCUAAAAGGAUUUAACUGCCGGCUUUAACGGUUUCUUUUUAGUUAGCCUUUUGUCAUUUGUCUUGUUCUGUUUACGUGUCUUUUUCUUGUAGUUUCAGUUUAUAAUCCUUUUAGGUCCUGAAGCUCUCCUCAUCUCAGAAAAGCCAGUCCAAUGUUUACUGUUUGUUUUUUUUUUGUUUUUUUUUUAUCUCGAGCACAGCGUGUGCAAGAGCAGUGACUGACACUGUGUUAGAGAGUCCUCCUGGCUCCGAUUGGUUGUUUACAUUCAGGUGCGGUGGAUUCUUGCAAAUGUCAUUAGGAGCUCUAGGAGGAGCCAGAGGAACCGGAAUUUUUCACAGAUUAAUUAUUUAAUGUACUACUGUCAGGAUAUACUGACAGUUUAAGCAAAUAUGACAAAAAGUUACUUUUAUAGUUACUUGCUGUAGCUUUAAGUAAAAGUAUGAAAGUAUUAGCAUCAAAAUAUACUUAUACACACCAAAAGGACUCAUGAUGCACACUGGCAAAAUAACAUAUAUGAUAACAUUCGGUUAUGAUUAGUAAUGCAUUAAGUACUUUUACGUUGUCAGGUGCUAAAAGUUGGGCACAUUUAAAGACCUUAAUAUACUGCUAGCUAAGCUAACUAAGCUAGCUAAGUCUUAUGUUAACCUACAAUAAUACAUCAUAUUAUUUGAUUAUAUUUUGUAUUAUUAAUCUGACUUUUAAAGUUACUUGUAACUAUAGUUAUCAGAUGAAAGUAGUGAAGUGUAUGCAUAAAGUAGCAGAAAAUGAAAUACACAAGUAAAUUACAAGUACCUCAAAAUCUACUUGAGUACAGUACUGGAGAAAAUGUACUUAGGUGUUAUCCACCACUGCUGUCUUGUUACUUUUGUCUCUAUCUUUGGUGCUAACAAGUUAUUACAUCAUUCCCUCAUGCUAAAUAUCCAGUACUUCUUAAUAAUAAUUAUCAUAAGAUAAUUGUUUUAUCACCCAGGUCAGUUGUUUCCAGUCUUAAUGGCUUGUGACCCUUUGAAAUUAAGCAAUAUCUACUUGCAACCUAUUGUCAGUGGUCAUGAGUUAUAACCAAGUCAAAUAGUUCCUGUUGAUUAUUGUCUCAAAACGUACUCAAUCGAAAGUGUAAAAGCUUUCGAAAGCUGGCUUGAAGUUUCCUUGCUGUUGAAAUACUUCCCAUGUCCACUUAACGCUUGUGACCAAAUCUUUAUCACCGUGCAUGCACUUUGAACUGUUUGAUGGCACAAGGGAAAGUAUCGCUCAGCAUUAAGAGACUUUACCAAUAAUCUGUUUUAUCAUUGAAAAAAAAGGUUCAAUAUUUGAGUGGCAUUCUGCUCAAAAUCAUAACAGUAAUUCAAUACGUGAAACGUCAUAUUUUUGUGUUCACAGUCAUUCGCACCUUGUGUCUUCCUGCUGUUAGUUUAUUUACAGUAGCAUCUCUUCAUCUUAAUGCUGGAGCACCGUUCUGUAAUCCAGAUUUAGUCAAAAACAGAAAGCCUGUGUUGUUAUCAUUUUUGUAUCUUAGUGCCAACAGAGGAGUCGUCACCAACUGUAGGCAACAGAACCAAAACAGCGACAUUAUCUAACUGAAUUUUAUCAAUGCUGACCAGUUUUCACAGUAGAGAGGACGAGUGAGAGGCAUUAAAAACAUUUCCAAAUACUGGGGUCUGACUUUUGAAAGUAGUGUUAUUAACCAUGCUGUAAAGGGGCUUUGUGAUUUGAUGAAGAAUGACAAUAAUGUUGCGAUGUCUUGUGCCCCGAUCGUCACCCUCCAUUGAGAAAAUAUACAGUAUAUAUAACGUAGGCCAGAUUUGAAUAAAGGUUCAGUUAGUAGUCUUGUAUCAUUUGUAAAAACUCAAAGAAAGCACUUAAUUUUUUUCCAUUUUGUGAGACAUAAUUUAUAUUCAAGUGAACCUAGUUACUUUCUCAGCCAAUGUUACUUUACAAAUCUGUACAUUUAAUAUGUUAUUACUUGUUUUUUAGAAGUUACGUGCUGCUAUUUCAUAAUACCAGCAGUGUUAUAACCACAGAUGAUUAA